AUGAUGAUGGCCCCCGUAUUGUCGGUAAUACAAAUACUAGCAGUAUUGCUCCUCUGUCAAGCCGUUUCCGUCACCCAAGCCCUCAGCAGCCCUUCACCCAAUAAGCAGAACAGCCCAGUGGGAAAACGAUUCCAGUAUGGAGGUGGAAGAACGGCAGGGCAGGCCGACAUGCCCAACUUGAGCAAUGAGGAAGACGACAAUGACGAAGCCAUUGACCGUUGGCAACCCCAACCACUGCAACCCGACGAAGCCAGACUGACGGUGGUGCAAAUCACAGAUGUCUACACUCUGGAACAUUUUGCCUCCCUCAAGACCAUGCUGGCGACGACACGACAACAAUUGAAGCAAUACAAACAGCAAUUGGCAGCAUCAGAAGGAGAAGAAGACACAUCAUCAGAAGAAGAAACUAAUGAUGAUGAUGAUCAGUACCUAACUGACAAAUCCGACGACGGUGUCAUUUCCGUCUUGACGGGAGACUUUUUAGCGCCCUACUUGUUGUCGUCGGUCGAUCGAGGCAAGGGCAUGAUGCGUGCUUUGGCGGGGACUCCCGUCGACUAUCUCACGUGGGGCAAUCACGAAGCCGACAUUGAUCAUCGGACCGUCUGUCGUCAUGUUCGUGAGUUCAACGGGAAAUGGAUCAAUUCCAAUAUGCUCGAUCAUGAGGCCAUGGAUGCGCAGCAAGAUUAUGAUGUCGUCGAAAUUGAGUCUGCGAAUGGCCACCACAAACGACGCAUUGGAUUGGUGGGAGUAUUGAGUGACGAUCCCGAUCUUUAUUCGCAUUUCAAACCGCCCGGGGCAUUUGGAGGCGCCACCAUUACCGAUCCUUGGAAGACUUUACAGGAAUAUCAAACCAAAUUAGAAGGUCCAACACACAAUUGCGAUGUCGUACUGCCGUUGCAGCAUUUGUACGUGCCAGACGAUCACAAGACAUGUCAACAAUUCGACUUUCCCGUGGUACUUUCCGGUCACGAUCAUCAUCGAGUGGACGAAAUCGUCCAUGGCACACGUCUGCUCAAACCGGGGCUGGAUGCCAUUUAUGCCACCGUCUUGGAACUAUCGUGGGCGACUGCCGAACAAGUGGCACCCACCGUGAAAGCACGCUUUGUCAAGACGGACGAUUGGCCCGCCGAUCCGGAAUUGGAAGAAAUCAACGAUCGAGCUUAUGAUUCACUCGCACCAUUGCGUGAUACCGAAUUGGCCCGUGUCCCACCGGCAUUUGAACCACUGUCCAGUGUCAAUAGUCGAGGACGGGUCUGUAGUAUGGGACGAUUUCUGUGUUCGCUAGUCAAGUCGUCAUUGAAUAGUACGCAACGACGACAACGGGCUCAUCGAGUCGAUGCCGUCUUACUAAUGGGUGGAAAUAUCCGUGGAGGAACGGAUUACCCCAAGGGAAGUUACUUUAGUUUGGAAGCUUUGGAGGCAGAAAUCAAACCAGAUGAAUCCGUGGCCGUGGUGCAAAUGCCGGGGUGGCUCCUGGCCAAGGGCGUGGCCGAAACCCAUUCGGGUGAUCCCAUACCGGGGUGGAUCCAAUAUGAUGAUGGAGUCAAAGAGAAGCUGCCGGAGGAUGGGGAUGGCGCGCCCGUGGUGACACAUGUCAAUGAUUUGCCCAUUGAUCCCGACAUGACGUAUCGAGUUGCCACCAAAAUAUCCGACUUGGCAAAUGGACAAAGUCCUUCUUGGAAGGAAUACUAUUUGAAACAUGGCAUUGACAAUCUGAUUUCAGAUUAUACAACCUACCCCGAGGCAUUGCCCACAAAGGGUGCCUACGUCAAUGUCUAUGCAGAACUCAUGAGCUUCUUUAGCAAGAACCUAUGGAGAAAGAUGUGGGAGGCAAUGACGCCUUUGGCCAUGGCCGUGGAGAAGGGGACUGAAGUCGACAAUCUGGAGAUUGACGCGACUUCCUUGGAUGAAUUGUGCGAUGUAGAAGCCAACUGCUUGCCAGAACAACGGCUGUCUGUCCUGGAUCAAGAUGAUUCCGGUGUAGUGACGAUUGACGACAUUCACUUGGCACUCGCGGAUAUCUUGCAUCUUUCAGUGGAUGGUAGCGGGACCGAAACGUCUCUGGCCGAGUUUGUUCAUAACUUUGCCGAUGCCGAUGGGGAUGGAGUUGUGACGGUGGGCGAUAUGAAGUCCUUUUGUGCGGAGAUUCCAGAAAUUUACGACAAUCAAAAGUGGCGAUUGGCGUUUCCCAGACCGGAACAGUUGCUUUCCCGGUGA